AGCUCCGAGUCAAGGCUGUAUACGUUCUCGCAAGAGACCAAAGAUCACUUGCGCAAGUUUAGAUUGGGUACAUCAAGGGCAAACGACCCUCAGGCUGUUAUUUGUAACGCUGUCUGUUCGAUAACCUGCCAUAUCCACGGCAGGGCAGAUUUGAAUAGCACUCGACCGGCUGAGUUGUCCACUAUUCCUAGGGGAAUCAUCUAG